AUGGAGCUCAAGUUCGGCCGCUUGAUUGGGGAGGACCCCAAACUUACGAUUGCCAAGAUAUUGGGUAGAAAAGCAAACCCAGAAGCUAGUUAUAUGGAUAUUGAGAAAAGUUUUUACAAGAACAAGGGUAAAAUUGUUGAGAUAAAGGAGGUACCUUUUGAUGGGGCCAAGGAAGUUCGGACCAUCGAAGAAAAGGAGUUAACUUUUGAUGGGCCCAAGGAAGUUCAGUCAUCUAGGUCAUUGAAUGGUUUGAACUUGGUUCGACCGGUGCCAAAGAAAGGAGUUAAAUUUGAAGUGGAUGAUAAGCCAAGAGUGUCGCAAAUUAAGAACCUGAGACGCCCAGUUUCCAAGCCUGUGGAACCUACUAAAGGUAGUGUUCCUAAUAUGAGGGUUGAGCAACCAAAGGAGAAAUUUAGUGAUAUGAUGUUGUUGAGAAAGCCCCAACCGGUGAGUGUUGAUGAAAGUAGCGAAAAUAAACAAGAGCAAUCUAGUGAUGCAAAUAAGAAUAUCAUUGGUAAUGCAGAAAUAGAGAAGUGGAGGGAAGAAGAAAAUGAUAAAGUUCAUGGUUUUACGCUAUUAGAAAAACCCAAAGCAAAUUGCGUCAAAACAAAGAGUGAAGACGAUAGUGAGCACUUUGAGAAUGGCGAAUCUAGUAUGGCUGAUGUUGUUGAAGAUAAUGAUAGCUCCAAGGAUUUGUCCGAAUUUACGGCAUCUAACACAAUACGUAACAAUCUUGAAGAAUCCAAAGGUGGUCCUGGUCAAAAGGAUGAUUCCCUUAUAAGAUUGCAGCCAUAUGAGCAGAGCAAUAUGGAGUCCGGUGAUGAGGUAUCUGCUUCGAGUGAACUAUCUGGUACAAACUUACCUGUUUCUGACGUUGACUUGUCGAUAGACACUGCAAUACAAGGAAAACCAAAAAGUGAAGACGAUAGUGAGCACUCUGAGAAUGGCGAAUCUAGUAUGGCUGAUGCUGUUGAAGAUAAUGAUAGCUCCAAGGAUUUGUCCGAAUUUACAGCAUCUAACACAAUAUGUAACAAUCUUGAAGAAUCCAAAGGUGGUCCUGGUCAAAAGGAUGAUUCCCUUAUAGAUACUACUUUAUGUUGCGUAUCUUUCCGCUCGUUAAUUGGAUUUCUGCCAUACCGUAAUCUUUCUUCCAAGUGGAAGUUCUUAGCUUUUGAGUCAUGGUUGAGACAGAAGGGCUUAGACCCGUCAUUGUACAGACGAAAUCUAGGAAUUAUUGAUACGAAUACUCUUCCUAAUCCAAGCCUAGAAGAUCCUGAUGCAGACGCGAAAAACGAGACAAUAGUUUCACCAGAUAUGAGAUUGGAAGAUCUUCUUAGAAUUUAUGACCAAGAGAAAAUCAAAUUCUUAUCAUCAUUUGUUGGCCAGAAAAUCAGAGUACAAUUGGUGUUGACCAACAGAAAGUUUGGGAAGCUUGUAUUUUCAGUGAGGCCAAAAGAGAAGGAAGAGUCGGUUGAGAGAAAAAGAAGUCUUAUGUAUUUGGUAACCUCUAUUUCCAGAGUUGGAAGACUACAAUAUUUGGUUGUUCAGGGUGGUGGAUAA